CCUCACACACACACACAAACACGAAAACUAAUUGGUCCUAACGAGUCACUUCAGUGGUUAUUGCAACAGAGAGCAACGAUGGCAACGACUCCUACGCAAGGCAAAUGGGUUCAGCUUAAUCAGAAAGGAACCGGACCAGGAGCAAGAAGCUCUCAUGCCAUUGCACUUGUGGGAAACAAAGUGUAUGCCUUUGGUGGUGAGUUCCAACCGCGUGUUCCCGUUGACAACCAUCUCUACGCUUUCGACCUCGAGACUGAGACAUGGUCGAUCCAGGAAGCUACUGGGGACGCUCCUCCUCCUAGAGUAGGCGUAGCCAUGGCUGCAGUUGGGCCCAUCAUCUAUUUCUUUGGUGGCCGGGACGCAACUCACCAGGAGCUUAACCAACUCUACUGUUUCAACACGUCCACCAACCAGUGGAAACUACUCUCUUCAGGGGAAACCGGUCCGCAAAACAGAAGCUACCACUCGAUUACUGCGGAUUCUCAGAACGUGUAUGUGUUUGGUGGGUGCGGAGUCGAAGGACGUCUCAACGAUCUUUGGGCUUACAACGUUGUUGAUCAGAAAUGGAUCAAGUUCCCGUCUCCAGGAGAAGCCUGUAGAGGAAGAGGCGGUCCAGGGCUGGCUGUGGUUCAAGGAAAGAUCUGGGUGGUAUACGGAUUCGCAGGAGAAGAAGCGGAUGAUGUUCACUGUUUCGACAUAGCCAAAGGAGAGUGGAAAGAAGUUGAGACAAAAGGCGAAAAACCGUCACCAAGAAGUGUGUUUUCAACUGCGGUCGUUGGGAAACAGAUACUGAUAUCUGGAGGGGAGAUCGAUCCGAGCGACUUGGGGCAUAUGGGAGCAGGGUGUUUCACUGCUGACGCUUACGGGCUUGAUACGGAGACGUUGGAAUGGAGGAAAUGGGAUGAUGGAGUUGGAUCAGAGACAGAGGAGCAUCCGGGACCUAGAGGAUGGUGCGCGUUUGCAGCUGGAUCACGGGAUGGUAAGGAAGGCCUAUUGGUUUAUGGUGGGAACUCGCCGAGCAAUGACAGGCUUGAUGAUAUCUUCUUCUUCACUCCUACAGUCAAGUGAUUUUGGUAAACUAAGUAUGGGGUUUGGUUUUCUUUCUGGUGAGAGAGGCUGUGUGAAGUUCCCUUUUUAUUUAUUUGGCAUUUGGAUUUGGAUGAACUUUGUGUGCAUUGUUUUACAUACGUUUCUGUAUUUAAAUAAACGAAUUUUUCAUUGAACAAUAAUAACGAACGAGCCAUCUUUUAGGAUUU